GGCGGAAGUUAUAUCACUUCCGCUUCCUGUUUCCAGCCUUAAAUCCGGCUGGGGUUCAGCGUUCGAGCUACAAGUAGUGUCGUCGAUAGGUUCGAGCAAAUUGGAGCACCAGCCACGAUGAUUGAGGUGGUUUGCAACGACCGUCUAGGGAAGAAAGUCCGCGUCAAGUGCAACACCGAUGACACCAUCGGCGACUUGAAGAAACUGAUAGCGGCUCAAACUGGCACCCGCUGGAAUAAGAUCGUUCUUAAAAAGUGGUACACGAUUUUUAAGGACCACGUGUCUCUGGGAGAUUACGAAAUCCACGAUGGGAUGAACCUGGAGCUCUAUUACCAGUAGAGGGGCAUCCCCGCCUCCUCCCUGCCCUGCCCUCCCUCUUCCCUGCCCCGCCCUGCCCUCCUUUCUCGUCCUUGUGGACACUGGCAUACGUGGUCAUUUUUAACAGUUCACAUGAAUAAAACCUUUGCUGCUGCUUUGCUGCCGCCA